AUGUCGUCCCUGACAUCUAGUUCGCAAGCUUCUCUGAUGACACCAGCCGAAUCUAGCGAUGCCAGUAUACAGAUCGAUAGCUCACUAAAGAGGGACAUCCUCAAGAGCAUGGUCCAGGUUGCCGUACGACAGACACGAUCAUACCAAGAGAGCCUGGCAGGAACAUAUCAAGCUAGUGCCUUUCUGGUAAAUAAGGAGCUUGGUCUGUUCUUUACAGCUGCCCAUGCUGUAAACGGUCCAUGUGAGGGAUACAUCAUCUCUCACAACGAUGAGCGGUGUGACUUCAAUGUCAAAUACCGAGAUCCCGAGCAUGACUAUGCGAUCUUGCAGUGCCCUCCGGAUGCUCUUGAAGCACUAGAUUUGGAGUCUCUUACACUUAGCCCAGAGAAAGCCCUGGUUGGUUCUCACGUCUAUUUGAUUGGUAACGAUAGUGGCGAAAAAGUGAAUAUUUUAAGGGGUACCAUAUCGCGACUAGACACCCCUUCGCCGAGACAUUUCGACAGCAAUGUCGAACUCAUCCAAGCCUCUGCGGCUGGUAAAGGAGGCUGUUCUGGUGGCCCGUUGCUGACGCUCAGUGGUGAGGCUAUUGGCAUUUGUGUCAGCGGUCACAACAAUUCUCAUCUAGAUUGGUUUUUCCCACUUCAACACCCUGUCCAUGUUUUGAAUGAUAUUGUGAGCCAACAGCCAGUUUCAAGAGGAACAAUCCACACAGUUUGGAAACGUUUGCCUUAUUAUGAAUGCCGGCAGCUGGGUCUUUCGCGGGAGAAGCAAGCCGAAUUUGACACCGACAGGAAUGGGUUGUUGGUUGCUGCAAUCAUCAUUCCGGAGACAGAAGCCUUUGACUUUUUACAGGUGAACGAUAUACUUAUCUCGAUCAAUGGAAGGCCUAUGGCGCUCUUCACGGAGCUGGAAGAGUUAUUGGAUGCCAAUGUUGGGCGUAAGAUUCAAGUCACCGUCAUCAGAUUUGGACAGGAGCUCACUUUUAACCUUACCGUACACGAUCUUUUGGCUAUUGUACCAACCCGAAUUUUGAAUGAUUCAGGAGCAUCGUUUCACAAUGUCCCAUAUAGGACGGCCGUCUGCUGGAAGGUACCGCUUAAAGGCAUGUUUUUGGCCUCUUCAGCAAUCAACUUUUCCCUGGGAGACGAAAGCAAUAGUUAUAUAAUCUCUUCCAUCAACAAUCAUCCAACACGGAAUGUAAUCGAGGGGGAGAAAGUUCUGAGCAAACUCAAAGAUCGUGAAAGGGUUUUUGUGCGGUAUACUCAUGCAACAACUAAUACCCGACCACAAACGACGCACAUCACCAUUGACCGCCACUGGAACCAGUUAACGUUGACGAACUAUAACCCUGACACCGAAAAAUGGGAGUAUUCUAGCGUCGACACUUCAGAUUCAACUACAGCUAGUGAGCCCCUCCAGUCACCGACAACCGUAGUGGAUGUCAGUUCGGUCAAAACGUCUUGGCUUUUCCAGGUCAAAAGUCGAUUUGUGCAGAUAACAUGGAUUGCGCCGUACGUUAAUCUUGACGAAAUCUCAGAGACCAGGUUGGAAAGCUUUGGCUUCAUUCUACACAGUGGCCUGGCCUUUGCUGCCAAAACCACAUGCCCGCAUGAUCUAUGUGACAUCUAUAUUGAUAUUGAUGGCCGUGAGGUCUUGGGUGAGAUUGUACACAUGGACGACCGACAAAAUUGGGUUCUCGUUCGAUACGACCCUACCAAUACCAGCACAGAAUCUCUAGACACAAUUCAGCUUGCUACCGAGAUCCCUCAAGAGCUCGAUACGUUGACAUUUGUUGGAAUGGAUGGUGCAGAUAUAUUUCACACAGCAAAGGCCACGGUUACGGGCACAUUUAUUGCCGAAUUUCUGUCACCGUUACAGCAUGCUGAAGUCUUAGAUGUCGUGCAGAUUGACGGUGGAUUGGCCCAUUUUUGUCUCUUUGGAGUUGUCUUGAAUGAAUCACAACAAGUCGCGGGUUUUUGGCUUGUUAUGAAAAAUAAUGGGCGUUAUGCACUUCCAGCCACCGGCAUUGCGGCUGUUGUGCCCAAAAUCCUCGCCGGAGAUCGACCAAAGAGUCGUAAAAGAUUCAACUUUCGCUUGGAUGUUAUUCCACCGAAGAAUGCCCGUGUGAUUGGUGUGGCUGACGAGUAUAUCAGGGACGGUAUUCGUGCUAAUGGAGCACAGCAUCGAUUCUUUAGCGUCCGAAGAGCGACUCGAGAAGUUGCAGAGUAUAUACGGCAUGGUGAUGUCUUGCUUAGUAUUAACGGCAAGAGAAUCCAGAAGUACACAGACUUUGACUUUCUGGAGGAUACUGAAAAGGAGACGGCAGAACUCCUUAUCGUACGUGAUGGCAAAGAAAUGGUUGUCGACUUUCCGUUGAAGUUGGCCACCGAUGUUUCAACAGAUCGAGUGACCUGCAUAUUCGGAAUGGUCUUUCAAAGACCUUAUACGGAUAUCAAAUAUAUCACCCAGCACUUUCCAAGCGAGUUGAUAUUUACAUGUGCGGCGUCUGGUUCUCCUGGCCAACAAGCGCUGUUGCCUUAUAACAACUUUGUCGUGGCCGUCAAUGGAAAGCGUAUACAUGAUCGGGAUUCGUUCCUCGGAGCAGUCAAAAAAGUCCCUGAUGAAACGGAUUUUACGAUUCAAUCGGAAGACUGGAACGGGAAAGAGUAUAGCGAUAUUGUACGCAAGACAAGUCGUGCUUUUGGCUCCUCCGAGUUUGUGAAGGAGAAUGGGAAAUGGAAGAAAGUUCCAUUACGAUUGGAGGAGUUUGCAGGCUGA